ACCAAAACGCGUAGAAAAACGACGGCCCGUUAAACAAGUGUACGAGAGGCGCGUUCAAAGCGCGUCUAGUAUCUCCUCUCUCUCUCUCUUCUCUUCUCUAUCUACUGCGUUUACGCGACUCUCUCUCUCUAACCCGUCUGAAGGUAUUUAGGCACUGCAAUCUCGACAAAGAAAAACCCAAAUUCCCAAAAAGCAAGAGAGAGAGAGAGAAAGGAGAACCCAAAAUCCCUGCAACCUACGAGAGCCAGAAAGAGACGACUAGGAGAGCCAGACAGAGACGAUAAUGGCGGUGGCGAACGUGAACAACUCGCUCUCCUUAGCGAACAAGGAUGAGGUGGAGAGGGUUUUCAAACGAUUCGAUAGCAAUGGAGACGGCCAGAUCUCGGGGGCUGAACUCGGAGAAAUGCUCCGAGCCCUUGGAUCGAACCCCUCUGAUGAAGAGGUGGCUAGCAUGAUGUCUGAGGCCGACACCGACGGUGAUGGCUUCAUCUCGCUCGAGGAGUUUGCAGUGAUCAACAACCAAGCGCCCUUGGACAGCAACGCGAGCAUGGUGGAUUUGAGAGACGCCUUUGCGAUGUACGAUCUCGACAAGAACGGUUUGAUUUCGGCCAAGGAGCUACACAUGGUGCUGAAGAAGCUGGGUGAGAAGUGUUCGUAUCGGGAUUGUUGCCGGAUGAUCUCGACCGUCGAUUCGGACGGUGAUGGAUGCGUCAGCUUUGAGGAGUUCAAAAAGAUGAUGACCAAUGUGGCCAAGACCCCAACCUCCUAGAACCGGUCUUUCUCUAUCUCUCUCUCUCUCUCUCUAUAUAUUAAAAUCCUAAUUCUCACGUAUCGGAUGUUAAAUAUUCAUCUCUCUAGACCGUAGUGUUUUCGUUUUUGUUCCCCUUCUAGAAUUAAAAAGGUGGACUGGUAUGAAAAUAUUUUGUGAACAACUGUUUGAUAUCAAUGAAAUCAAACUUUAACUUCAA